AUGCGUCCACAUCCCUUCAUUAAACUGGAGAAACCAAUACGGAUGACGUCAAUGCUAUUGUCGCUGCUGCUACUAUUAGGGCUAUGCCUACGCUUUACUGUUGCCUCUAUCUACCCCAUCGAAAGUAGCCAUUGGAUACCUCCAUUUCAGCGUGCUGAGAAGCUAUUUGCUACUGAUCAAGGCCCAAUUCUUGCACGCUCGGGCAAUUCAUCAGUCACUAUUAAUAUCGACGGUGUGAACGUCACGCAUGAUAUGGUUGGCUGGAGACUUGUCGUCUUCUUUUAUCAUGUGGACACGUACGAGGAGUUUGAAGCCGUGGCUGGAAAAAUUGAGCUUUUAGCUUGCUCUAAAGAGGAAAAGAAUAAUUUUGAAGGCAUGUCGGACGUUGAACGUUUUGUGUUCCUAGUAGGCAAUGAAUCAGCGCCCUUAGUUAGUGCCAAUGUGUCACACCUCGUGAACUCUAGCGGCUGGACGGAUACGCAGGUAUUUGUCUGUGCUGAUGACGAGAAAGCUGCAACGGAAAUGCUCAAGUUUGUAGGAUUCAUGGAAGUGCGCAAUCCAUAUGGACUGCUACCGGCCGUACUGUACGGCAUGCUGCCGUUCAGCGGCUUCUUAACUGCUGGGUAUUUGACUUUGGACGCAUUUUUUAUUUUUUUGUUGAUCCGACACCGUCGUCAGCUGUUGUCGCUACAUUGGGGUAUUUUGCUGAUUUUAGUCAUGGGAACAGCUGCGUCUGCAGUUUGGUUCUACGCAUUCUAUCGGAUGAAUAAGACGGGAGAACCUGUGUGCUGUCCGUAUCCAACGACGUUUUUGAUUGCAGUGAUUCUGGAUACGUUUGUGCGCACUCUGGCUCGUGUUAUCCUGCUAAUCGUGUGUCUUGGCUAUGGUAUUGUUCGAAGCAACUUGAGCCGAGUCGAAGUAAGCGUGGUUACCUUCUUGUCAUUGGCAUACUUUAGUUCGGGUAUUGCUGACGAGGUAACGCGCGGCACAUCCAGUGGCGCCGAUUUUCGUGCAAAGCCAACAGCUUGGUCGUUUAUUCAGUUGCUGUGUAACCUCGCGUUCAUCAUGUGGAUCCAGUACUCCAUGGAGCGCAUACUGCGCGAUCUGCGGGAUCAGAAGCAGUUUGCAAAGCUCGGCAUGUACUGUUGGUUGGCCUGGUCACUCGCCGCCUUCAUUGUAUUUUUCACCAUUCUCACGGUUGUGGCCGUCUGCAGUCGGCUAGGUGUCUUUGAGUGGGAUGUUGAGUGGGAGUGGAUGCAACUCGUGGCCUGGCCUGUGCUGAAUUUUACUAUUUCAGCUGCUAUGACUUUCAUCUGGAGGCCGACCCAAAAUAGUUCGCAGUUUGCGUACUCUAUGCAGUUACCGAUGACGGACAGUCCUGGUAUCGAGAUGACACGUAACACGCACGGCUUAUCAUCGGACGAAGAUAUUAAUCCAGAGAUUGAGUCGGACUCGGAUGAAGAAACCUCUCGCAUUCCGGUUACGGAGAAGAAGCAAAAGGGUUGCAGCGAGGAUAGCGACGAUGCGGAAGGCGUUUAG